AUGGAGUCAGGAAAAGCGCAGUCAUCAGUCAUCAAUGCAUGGAAGGAACAAAAAAUAGCAAAGGUGACGAACAAGACUGAGAAGAAGCUCCUUGAGAUUUCAGCAUGGGAAAAAAGGCAAACAGCAAAGAUCGAAUCUCAACUCGCUAGUACCCAGAGGAAGAUGGACAGUAAGAAAAUGGAGAAAGCAGAGAAACUAAGAAGGAAGAAAGCAGCAGUUCAUGCAAAAGCACAAGAGAAGAAGGCAUGGGUUCAAACCCGACGCGCUCAACAGAUACUCGAUGCAGAAGACGAAGCUGCUACUUUUCAAGCCAGGGGUCAGGUUCCCAAAAAGUCAUCUUUCAGCUGCUUCUGAUAGCAGCAUAUUAAUUAAUAACCUAUGUUACAGACUAUGAUUACCUAUCUUUUGUACGUGUGACUGUUUUCAUAUUGCUUGUGUUGGUCAUGGAACAAGAGUGCUAAAAUCAUUGUCUACAGAUCAAAACCCUGAAUUAUCAACCUACUGACAGCACAGCAAAUGCUAAAAUCUGCAACCUAGGUGAAUGGAGAAAGGAAAGAAUAUCAUCUUUAGGUCUCAUAAAACUCAUUAUUGAAGUUUGGAAAGCUGCAAACAAGGCAUAAAAGAGUCAAGAAACCACCCGCUUCUUGAAGACGCAUCACAACACUGACCACAGUCUACGACAAUGACAGAAACAUAGCACAAAACGACUUGUCAACAAAAAAAUAAACUAGAUAAAAGACUCCCACUUCCACGCAUUUCACACCUUCCAGGCCUUGUCUAUAUGUAGUUGAUUAUUUAGAAAGAAGGGAAAUCCAAAGACACAUAAAACAUGCUGAUGGUAAGAGGCAGAAUCUGAAGACUUUGGGUUCUGGUUGUCAUGCACUGCUAGAUAACUCACACAUUGCAUCAACCAACCUGAAACAUUACACAAAUUCAAAUAAUAUUUUAGGGAUCUCUCUUAUAUCGGGAGUAAACCUAAAGCAACAGAGCUUUUCUAGUGCAAACGGACGAGAAUAAAGAAUUGGCCUCUAUAUGCAUUAAACAAACGAGUGAUGGUCUUCCAAACAACACUAUGUAUUGUAUACUGUAAUAGACAUAAUCCUAGAAUCCUGAGUUUACAUGAAGUAAACGACUCCAAUGUUAGGAGUAAUUAAAUUGUGUCAGUAAGUUCAUA